AUGAAGCCCUCCAGGAGCGAGCGAGUCCGCGCGACUCCUCCGAAGCUCUUCACCUACGUCCUCGUCGGCUUCAUCGCUCUUCUCGGAUUGACUUGCCUCUACUAUGGCUCUUCCUUCGCUCCCGGAUCUAGAAAGUCCGACGAGUUCGACGGAUCUAGCCCCGCUCGCGCCGGAUUCGCGAGCAAUCGAGAUGGAGAGAGCCGCGUCGAAGUUCCUAGAAGCAUUCCGAUAUGUGAUUCGAAACACUCGGAUCUUAUACCGUGUUUGGAUAGAGAUCUUUAUCACCAGCUGAAACUGAGACUCAACUUAACGUUAAUGGAGCACUAUGAGCAUCACUGCCCUCCACCGGAACGCCGUUUCAAUUGCCUUGUUCCUCCUCCAGCUGGUUAUAUGAUACCUAUAAAGUGGCCUGUUAGUAGAGACGAGGUGUGGAAGGCGAACAUUCCGCAUACACACCUUGCGCAAGAGAAAUCUGAUCAGAAUUGGAUGGUUGUGAAUGGUGAUAAGAUCAAUUUUCCCGGGGGAGGAACACAUUUCCACUACGGAGCUGACAAGUACAUAGUUUCCCUUGCUCAGAUGCUGAAAUUCCCUGGUGACAAACUCAACAAUGGAGGAAGCAUUCGAAAUGUUCUUGAUGUUGGCUGCGGGGUAGCUAGCUUCGGAGCUUAUCUUCUCUCACACGACAUCAUAGCCAUGUCUCUUGCUCCUAAUGAUGUCCACCAGAACCAGAUCCAGUUUGCUCUAGAACGAGGGAUCCCAUCAACACUUGGUGUUCUUGGGACUAAGCGGCUUCCAUACCCAAGCAGAUCGUUUGAACUUGCUCACUGCUCUAGAUGUCGGAUAGAUUGGCUUCAAAGAGAUGGGAUCUUGUUGCUGGAACUUGAUAGGCUGCUCAGACCUGGCGGUUACUUUGUAUACUCGUCCCCUGAAGCUUACGCACACGACCCAGAAAACAGAAAGAUUGGGACUGCGAUGCAUGAUCUCUUCAGGAGAAUGUGUUGGAGGGUUGUGGCCAAACGAGACCAAUCUGUUAUAUGGGGAAAACCGAUAUCCAACAGCUGUUACUUGAAGAGGGGUCCAGGUGUCCAACCUCCGCUUUGUCCUUCUGGAGAUGACCCAGAUGCAACUUGGAACGUUUCCAUGAAAGCUUGCAUAACACCGUACUCAGUGAGGAUGCAUAAAGAAAGAUGGAGUGGGCUUGUUCCCUGGCCACGGAGACUGACAGCUCCUCCACCACGUCUUGAAGAAAUCGGUGUCACUCCCGAGCAAUUCCGUGAAGAUACGGAAACAUGGCGGCAUAGAGUGAUGGAAUACUGGAAGCUGCUUAAACCAAUGGUGCAAAAGAACUCUAUUAGAAACGUGAUGGACAUGAGCUCAAACCUCGGCGGUUUUGCAGCUGCUCUAAACGAUAAAGAUGUAUGGGUAAUGAACGUCAUACCCGUACAAUCCCAACCGAGAAUGAAGAUCAUCUACGACCGUGGCCUUAUCGGAGCCACUCAUGAUUGGUGUGAAGCCUUUGACACAUACCCACGAACAUUUGACCUUAUCCACGCGUGGAACACAUUCACAGAAACCCAAGCACGUGGAUGCAGCAUCGAAGAUCUUCUUAUCGAGAUGGACCGGAUACUACGCCCAGAAGGGUUUGUCAUAAUUCGUGACACAUCAGAGAAUAUUAGCUACAUCAAGAAGUAUCUGACAUUGUUGAAAUGGGACAAAUGGAUGACAGAGACUACUCCAAAUGGUGACUCUCUGUCGGCGGCCAAAGACGAGAGAGUUUUGAUAGCCAGAAAGAAACUUUGGAGCGUGGCGGCCAUUUCAGAGUUGUGA